AUGCACAGUAAAUGUACUAUGGUGGAGGCUCUAGUUGGAGCUGUGGAGCCAGUGGUGGAGGUUCUGGCUGGAGCUGAGGAGCUACAGAUUGAAGUUCUAGUUGGAGCAGUGGAGCCAGUGGUGGAGGCUCUGGCUGGAGCUGUGGAGCUACAGGUGGAGGCUCUAGUUGGAGCUGUGGAGCUACAAGUGGAGGCUCUGGUUGGAGCUGUGGAGCUACAGAUGGAGGCUCUGGUUGGAGCUGUGGAGCCAGUAGUCGAGGUUUUGGCUGGAGCUGUGGAGCUACAGGUGGAGGCUCUGGUUGGAGCUGUGGAGCCAGUAGUUGAGGUUUUGGCUGGAGCUGUGGAGCUACAGGUGGAGGCUCUGGUUGGAGCUGUGGAGCCAGUAGUCGAUGUUUUGGCUGGAGCUGAGGAGCUACAGGUGGAGGCUCUGGUUGGAGCUGUGGAGCUACAGAUGGAGGCUCUGGUUGGAGCUGUGGAGCCAGUAGUCGAGGUUUUGGCUGGAGCUGUGGAGCUACAGGUGGAGGCUCUAGUUGGAGCUGUGGAGCUACAGGUGGAGGCUCUAGUUGGAGCUGUGGAGCUACAGGUGGAGGCUCUAGUUGGAGCUGUGGAGCUACAGGUGGAGGCUCUGGUUAGAGCUGUGGAGCUACAGGUGGAGGCUCUAGUUGGAGCUGUGGAGCUACAGGUGGAGGCUCUAGUUGGAGCUGUGGAGCUACAGGUGGAGGCUCUGGUUGGAGCUGUGGAGCUACAGGUGGAGGCUCUAGUUGGAGCUGUGGAGCUACAGGUGGAGGCUCUGGUUGGAGCUGUGGAGCUACAGGUGGAGGCUCUGGUUGGAGCUGUGGAGCUACAGGUGGAGGCUCUGGUUGGAGCUGUGGAGCUACAGGUGGAGGCUCUAGUUGGAGCUGUGGAGCUACAGGUGGAGGCUCUGGUUGGAGCUGUGGAGCUACAGGUGGAGGCUCUGGUUGGAGCUGUGGAGCUACAGGUGGAGGCUCUGGUUGGAGCUGUGGAGCUACAGGUGGAGGCUCUGGUUGGAGCUGUGGAGCUACAAGUGGAGUUCCCAAAUGGAGUGAAAAGGGCCUUAGCUGCGUUUGAUGCCAUGUGCACUGUGUCACCACUGAUCCCGGUUUGUGUUACCACGAAGAAAGGAGCAAAGCGGGCGCGAGUUCUCCUCGGCCCCGUGUUCACAGCUGUGUGA